AUGCCUGAUAGUCUUAUAUACUGUUAUCUCAAGCGUUCGAGCUGUAUACAAGCUGAAACUGGAUCAAGAAACGAUUAUGUACAUCGUGGUAUUUUAUCCUGUAGAGACAAUAUCACUGGAGGCGAUUUAUACGAUCAUAUAGAGACUUCUCUUCGAAAUAAAUUGAAUAACAUACUUCAUAGUGUAAAUGAUAUGACAGGCACAGAUAUGAUUGAGCUCUACGAACGACAUGUUCGUCAUUAUGGAUCUUCGUGCCGUCUAUUGGGCGAUGCUUGUGACUAUCUCAAUCGACACUGGGUUCGACGCAAUUACGACAAUGCUCGAACACAUAUUUAUGAAAUUAAUGAACUCGCUCAACGAAUUUGGAGAGAAACUUUGCUAAAACCACUAUUUCCAUAUAUAAAAGAAAAAUGUUUAAAUUUCAUUAAAAAAUAUCGUGUUGAUAAAUCAUCGAUCGAUAUUGAAGUGAUUAGAAAGAUAAUUGGAUUAUAUUUGGAUGAAAAUUUUCAAAAGAAACGAAAUGAACUAAUUGGCGAAGAUUUGAGAAGCAAACCAGUCACUGAUAUAUAUACAGAAUAUUUUGAAAUUGAAUUUCUUCAAGAUGUAGAAGAUUUUUAUCGUCAACAAAACGUUCGAACUCUGACACCAGAGUCGAUAAGUGAAUAUCUUUCUGAAAUAUCAGAAUAUUAUGAUUUUGAAAUAACAUUUGCCAAGUCUUUUUUGCCGAAGUCAAAAUCUACACUUGAUGCAUUAAUUAAAAAACUAGAAGAAAUAUAUCUUCCAGAAUAUAAUCUAAGUAUUAUUAUGGACAAAAUGAAAACAAUUGUAUCUAAUGAAAAUACUCAAGAUUUACGACACCUUUAUGAGUCAAUCGGUCGCAUUCCGAAAAUCAGCAAGGCAGUGGCAAAGUUAAUUGAAAAUCAUGUUUAUGAAAAUUGUAUUGGUGAUAUUGCAAUCAAGGAUUCAGAAACUUUUGUUGAUGCAAUAAUAGAUAUUCAAAAGAAAUUCUUGGAAAUCUUUUAUAUUGAACCAAAAUUUAAGUGUGCCUUAGAUGAAGCUUUCCAUAAACUCAUAAAUCACAAUGCAAUCACACUACAAACUGGGACAACAUCAAAGUCAGCUGAACUCUUAGCUCGAUAUUGUGAUCAAUUUUUGAAGAAAAGACAUAAAACUGGUGUUGAAGAAAAAUUCAAUCAAAUAUUGACCAUUUUUAAAUAUAUUGACGAUAAAGAUGUUUUUGAAAAAUUCUAUGGGAAAAUGUUAGUAAAACGUUUAAUUCAUGAAUUAAGUGUUUCUCAUGAUGAUGAAAAAUCUAUGCUAAUGAAAUUAAAAGAUAUAUGUGGUUUACAAUAUACAUCAAAAUGCGAACAGAUUCUUCAAGAUAUUGAUGUAAGCAAAACUUUAUCUGAUGACUAUCGCAAAGACAUUGCUGAUUUUUCUGUAAAAGUUUUGAGUUCAAAUUCAUGGCCAUUUUCAUUGCUACCAAAUAUUAUUCUAUCAACUGAAUUGAAAGCAACAUUUGAUAGUUUUCAAGAUUUUUAUAUUAAUCGUCAUCACGGACGAAAAUUAAUUUGGAUUUAUGAACAUUCGGAAGGUGAACUACAAUUACAAACAGAUUUUACGGAAAAAAAGUAUAAACUACAAGUAUCGACAUAUCAAAUGAUUGUAUUAGCAUUGUUCAAUGAAAAAGUACAUUGGACAGUUGAAAAAAUACAAGAAAAAACACAAAUUCAAUUUGAAUUCUUAGUUCAAGUUCUUUGUAGUUUACUGAAAAGUAAAAUUUUAUUUUCGAAAGAAAUUAAUGAUAUUAAAAUGAAUCACAUAAUUGAAUUCAAUAAUGAAUUCAAAAGUGAAAAUUUUCGAAUAAAUUUAAAUGAGCCCUUAAAAUCAAAUAAACAAAAAGAUUUGCAACAUUUAAACCAAUCCAUCGAUGAAGAUCGUAAAUUCGUUAUACAAGCAGCUAUCAUUCGAAUAAUGAAACAAACACAACGUUUGAAAUAUUCAUUAUUGGUGCAACAAGUCAUUGAACAAUUAAAUUCACGCUUUACAAUCAAAGUUCCUUUAGUCAAAAAAUGUAUUGAUCUAUUAAUUGACAGAGACUAUCUUGAACGCGAGUUUGACGAACGUGAUAUUUUACGUUAUUUAUCUUAA